CUGAGUACACAAUAAAUCCUGCUGCCACAGACUGAUUGGCCCGGCAGCAGGAGAGGGCGUUGAGGCAGGAUGAUUGAAAAUAUCCAUAAAUACUGCACCCGGGCACAGGCAGAGACACAUCUGUAUCUGACAGGCAUUGAUUCGGUCUUACUACGGCUUACGCAGUCUGUUCUACUGCUGUUUAUAUUCCAGCAGUGAAGAUUUGUUGUACUACUCCUCUUCUCAACGUUAGUCAAGCUCUUCUAUAGGUUUUUCAACAAGCUUUAAGUCCUUAUUUUCUUUUUUUUAAACCAAAAGGACUUGUGGAAGAAACCAGCAUCAGUGAGUGCAAGAACAACAGAGAGUCAGAAGCAGAUAGGAAGUGAGAGAGAGAGAGAGAGAGAGAGAGAGAGAGAGAGAGAGAGAGAGAGAGAGAGGUGAGAGGACCAUGUCGCUGAAAGUGAAGGAUAAGACGGAGGUGCGUCUGGUGUUCCUGGGCGCAGCCGGCGUAGGGAAGACCGCUCUAAUCCGCCGCUUCCUGCAGGACUCCUUCGAGUCCAAGCACCGGCGCACGGUGGAGGAGCUGCACAGCAAGGAGUACGAGGUGGAUGGCACGAAGGUCACCGUCCACAUCCUGGACACCAGUGGCAGCUAUCCCUUCCCGGCCAUGCGCAAACUCAGCAUCCAGACCGGCGACGCCUUCGCGCUGGUCUACGCUGUGGACGACGCCGACUCGCUGGAGACGGUCAAGCGUCUGCGCGAGGAGAUACUGGAAGUCAAGCAGGACAAGUGCACGCCCAUCGUGGUGGUGGGCAACAAGUGUGACCGGGAAGACGUGCGCCAGGUGUCUGGCAAGGAGGUGCUGUCCAUGGUUGAGCUGGACUGGAACAGCAACUUCCUGGAAGCCUCGGCCAAGGAGAACAAGGACGUGCUGGAGGUGUUCCGUGAGCUGCUGCGGCAGGUCCAUCUGCCCAGCCGCCUGAGCCCGGCGCUCAGGCGCCGCCGCGAGACCUUCCCCAACGAAAACGACGCCCGGCCGCCCAUGAACAAGGCCAACAGCUGUACCAUGUGCUAACUUCACAAGCACACAACUGCCUGAGAGUUAGUGUGUGUGUGUGUGUGUGUAUGUGUGUGAGAAUGUGUUCAAAGACACAGGCUGCACACUGUCACUCACACAUGUGCCAACAUGGUGUGUUGAUGAAGCAGGUCAAACUGUGUGGAAAAUCUGACAAAGGUUGAAAACACUGAUUUUUAGCUCAGGCCUUUUGCAGCUCUGUUGCAAGCCUGAACCACUUUUUAACAACUUGUCCAAGAGCAGGAAAGAGCCAUACACAGACUGCCAGAGAGGCAUGAGCAGGGUUUCUGCAGGUUAAAUCUGGGAAUUGAGGCAGUCUACCCUCUUUCCAUAGUUCAGGAAAUGUUAUUUUGUUAAUUUGUUAAAUGUUAUUAUGUAACAUUGUUAAAGUAAAAAGGACUGAUAUAUUAAAAAGAAAAGCAAGUUUCUUUAAGGUUUAAGACUGUUAGAAAAUAAUAAUCAAUACAGUGAAUAUUACUUUUACUUAUGGGGAUUUAAAAGUAAAGGGGGAGGAAUGUUGUGUAUUGAUAUUGAAUUAAGUUUGUUCCCUCGGGGCAUCCGUAAUACCCCACUAUUAACCUGCAUAGAAUGCUGGGUAUUUUUGUCCUAUGAAACAUACAGUAAAGAAUGCACGUGAUUUCUAUCACGGUCUCAUGUCAGAUCAUUACUUUGUUGUAUAGCACACUCUAUACUGAUACAACUGUCUCUCAAUGAAAUCUGCCAAUCCAAAUCGCGUAAUGUAAGACGUCUUGUCCUUUCCCAACUUGAAGGUUUUAGCGAUGUCAGAAUCAGGGAACAUGGUUUGAAACACCUCACUUAUGUCAUCAUUGCUUAUAUAGGACUGAUGUUUUGCUACCGUGUGUAAAGUCCAGAGCACCUCCGCUUUUAAUGUUGGCAUAGAUCCGAACGCUGUCCGGAUGUCGCUUACCGGAGUUGUAGGCGACAAAUUUGAUAGAGCAGACAGGGUCGCACUGGGGCCGGGUGAUGCUCCCAAUGAACCAGAACAAAAUUGGGUGGUUUGCUGCUGGCUUUUUAGAGUGGCGUUAUGUUUUUCUGACCUUCCAUACGACUCUAAUGCUUUCAUACCCAAAUAAGCUAAUUUCAGCGUUUUCUUGCACAAAGUGCAGCUGGCUUCAAAUGGGUUAUUUUCGACUGGCUUCAACCAAGCACUAAAUGCACUGUUCUCGAGACAGAUCUCGUUGAACUUGCACUUACCCAUAUUCGAAGCAACGUUAACAUAAACAAUUUUAAGGCACCACGUUAUCACACAACGCACAUCGCAACACACUACCUUGGCGUGCUCCGAUAAAUCCUGACCGGGCUGAAGUUUGCCGUGUUUUUAUUGUUUCCAUUUUAGGUUUCGUUUUGUUGUGGAGUGAUCCCCAAAACAAGUUUAAAACUUUAUUUAAGUCACAUAUAAUCCAAUAAAUUUUUAUGACCAGUCAAAAUCGUAAUUAAGACUUUUUAUGACUUUUUAAGGACCCGCGGAAACCCUGAUGAGGAAGCAGGAUGGAAAAUGACUAUAACGCUGGUGAUUUGAGGAAAUGUGAUAUAAAAUACCAUUGUGGUGUGAGGGAAUAUGUGAAGAAUGUAAAAGUGCUGUCGUAUUGUGGAGGGAAGGGGGAAAAGGACACAUGUGCCAGACUAAGGGUACCCAAACCCAAAACCUGUUAAAUGUUAUGUGUGUGGGUGUGUAUGUGUGUGGUGUGUGUUUGGAAGGGAAAAGAAAGCUUACUAUUCUUAAAUGUCUGAUCAAUAUCAAGCUGAUUUGAACAAGUUGUCUCGGCAUUGGCAACAUUUGGAUGCGUUUCACUUGUAUUACAACAAGCUAACAAUGUACUUGAGUGAAUUACAAUGAAGUAAAAAAGCAUUUUUUAUUAUAUAUGCUUUGAGAAAAGAGUUUCUUGUAUCCUAAUGCACUUGACAGGCACCGUAUCAAACCACUGCCUUUUCAGCAGAGAUUGUUCAUUGCAGUUGAUGGCUUGCACAUUCAUGUGGUAAUUUCAUCUAUGCUUUUUGUAAAACACCGUGAAAACCAGUGGUUGCUACAUGUAUUUUUCAGGUUUGAUGACUGGAAAGAAAUGUUGACAAUAAAACAUGUACAAGAC